CUCUGACCAUUAUCCAUCCAUCCACCUGUUUGUUGCCUUGGUGAUUUGUGCGGCAUUUUCAGUUGCGGCCGUUUUCCUCCUAGUUUCGCAGGUUUUGCCAUUUUUCGCGUUACUUCCCGGUGUCUACUUCGGUCUCAAGCAUCCUUCGGGGUCUCUUCGUGUUGCGCCAAGAACGCCGAGAACCAAGUCGAGUGGCAGCAUGGCCGUCAAAGUGGUCGUCGAGGCUGACAAACCAGCGCUGCUGUCCCGUCUCCGUGUCCUGAUUCAACAAGUGGCCGACGGUGUGCCGGCCGGCCAGAAGUGGGUCAAAGUCGGCCUGUCCGGCGGCAGCCUGGUGGGCACGCUGGCGGGCGUGCUGCCCGGCGUUCGGACGGAUUGGUCCCGGUGGCGCUUCUUCUUUUGCGACGAGCGGGUGGUGCCGUUUGACGACGCCGACAGCACGUAUGGCUGCUACAAGGCGCAGCUGCUGCCCCUGCUGGGCCUCCAGGAGGAGCAGUUCGUGGUCAUCGAUCCUGCGCUCCCAGCGGGACGGGCGGCCAUGGACUACAGCAGCAAGCUGUCGGAGUACUUUGGAGAAGCCCUUCCGGAGUUUGACCUGCUUCUGCUAGGGAUGGGACCCGACGGCCACACCUGCUCCCUCUUCCCCGGACACAAGGUGCUCGAGGAGAAGAGUCGGUGGGUAGCUGAGGUGACAGACUCCCCCAAGCCUCCCCCAUGCAGGGUGACACUCACCCUUCCAGUGCUCAACAAUGCCAGGCUGGCCCUGUUUCCCAUCAGCGGCAAGGAGAAAGCAGACACUGUGCUGAAAGUGCUUCACCCUGAAGCUGGGGAGGCCCUUCUUCCAGCGGCACUGGUCAAGCCAUCCAAGGGGGAUGUUGUCUGGCUGCUCGACAGCGGAGCGGCCAGCCUUCUGCCCAAGUGAUACCGUCGGCUCGACAGUUUUUCCCGCAAAUGGCGCCAAGCUCCCUUGACAAGUGCCGCACAUGGAAUGUUGCUCAGGUCUGAAGCUGGCUCAGGGGAGCAUCUUCAUGGUGGUCAGCUUUCCAUUAUGUUUACUGCAUCAGUACUCUUACUGAUGAAUUAUUGGAAACUGUUAAAACAAGCAUUAGUUAAAAAAGAAGAAAAAAUGCAUGGGGUUUGUAUUGUGUACUAAAAUGUGAAUAUAUAAUAAACAAAAAAUUAUGGUAAACUUGCAA